GUCCCGUCUUAGUACCUUUGGAAGUCCCCGUGCAUCUUGGGUCGCUCCAUCUCCCUCGAUCGCACUGCUUCUCCAGUCACAGCCGUCGUCGCCGCUCCGCUCUCUCCGACUCCGGUGGCAGUCAGGUAAACGAAUCUCCUCAACUCCCAAUUCCGCGAGUUUACAUUCCCAGUGGAAUUGGAUCUCACCCAGCAAAUCAAAACCGGGCCUUCUGAUCUGGGUCGCCGUUCUUGAGAAUUGGUCCAAUGGCAGGGUCAGGGAGUUCCAUGGUAUACUCCUUCCUUCUGUUUACCGUUGUUCUUUCCCUUCAAGAAAUGUACAGAGGGAAGUUGGCGUCAUCGGAGUUGUUCACGAUACUCGGAGGGUUCACUAGUUCUAUCCUAUUCCUUGUCCUGCUUACGUUCAUUGGCAACUUCCAGGAAUCGUGUGGCACGAGAACUGGUUGGGGUGCUGUUAUAUUGGCUGAAGCAGUGGCUCUCAUAGCUGCCGGCACUGUUCACCGAGUUUGUAUCACAACAUGCUUCUUGUUCUCAGGUGCUCUGCUCUAUGAAGUCAACAAGAUUUCGGGGUCAGUGCUUUUGAAGAGUGAAUCGAAGUCAAGGAGGCACUGAGUUGUUCCUCUUUCUAGGUUUUGGCAGAAUAUUGAUGAAAAUUCCCUUAAGCAUUAAAUACUGCAAACAUGAUAGAUGAGAACUAGAAUAUGACCGUUUGGAUUUUCUUUCUUUUCCUUAUCUUUUUUAUGGCGAUGACCCACGGUAGAGGGCACAAAUCAUGUUUGUACCAGAGUCCUAGAUUCUCAUUUGAGCUUCUAUAUGCGUAUUUUUAUCUUUCAUCUGUCU